UGACUGCAAAACCUCCCUUCUCCUCUGCCUAUUUAAACCCUGCCCAAUUGGCUUCAUCUUCACCAUCACCAUCACCAUCUCCAUCCCCAUCUCCAUCUCCAUCUUCAAUAUCUCGAACCUUCCACUUCCAUCCCCUUCCACACUGAACGUUACAUUAUUACAACACAUGGAUCUCUCUUUCCAACUUCUGCUACUUCUCCUCGCACUGCUCUGCACAAUCACUCUCUACCUCUUCCACUUCUUCAAACCCGCCGCCGGCGCACCCAAUCUCCCUCCCGGCAAAAUGGGGUUCCCUGUCGUCGGCGAAACUCUGGAAUUCUUCCUGGCACGCCGCAACGGCACCCCUGAAAAGUUCGUGAAAGAAAGAAUGGAAACAUACUCCUCCCACGUCUUUAAAACCUCCCUGUUCGGCCAAAACGUCGCCGUCCUCUGCGGCGAUGCCGGCAACAAAUUCCUCUUCUCAAACGACACCAAAAUCCUCGCCUCCUGGUGGCCGCACACCAUCAGCAAAGUCCUCUCCUUCCCUUCUUUCGUCGAUCGCUCCUUAACCGAAGAAUCCAAAAAACUCCGCAGCAUUCUCCCUGAAUUCAUGAAGCCGGAAUCCCUCCGCCGUUACGUCGGAAUCAUGGAUUCCAUGGCAAAGCAGCACUUGCAGAUGGAAUGGGUUCCGAAGGGAGAGCUUAAGGUUCAUCCAAUUUCGAGAAAGUACACAUUUGCUCUGGCGUGCAAGCUGUUCAUGAGCGUCGAAGAUGCAGCGGAUGUUGACAGAAUCGCUAAUCACUUUGCGUGCGUGAGAGAUGGGCUGAUGUCUUUGCCGGUGAAUUUUCCGGGAACGGCCUUCAACCGGGCGAUCAAAGCCGGAAAGAUUAUUCACAGGGAGCUUUUGGCGAUCGUGGGAAGGAGGAAAAUGGAGUUGUCGGAGAAGAGGGAAACGGUGGCUAAAGACCUCUUGUCUUGUAUGCUGCUUGCGUCCGAGGAGAAUGGGAAGUUUGUGAACGAAGUGGAAAUUGCUAGUUUGAUUUUUGGGUUUCUUAUCGCCGGACAUGAUACUGCUAGCACUGCGAUCACUUUCAUCAUGAGCUAUCUUGCUGAUCUGCCUCACAUUUAUGAUCAGGUCUUUGAAGAACAAAUGGAGAUUGCAAAAGCAAAAGGUCCAGAAGAGGCAUUAAAUUGGUACGAUGUUCAGAAAAUGAAGCUUACUUGGAAUGUGGUAAAUGAAGUGAUGAGGCUUGCACCCCCUUCUCAAGGAGCUUUCAAAGUGGCAACAACUGAUUUCACCUAUGCAGGUUUUACCGUUCCGAAGGGUUGGAAGGCACAUUGGAGUGUUCAUUCGACAAACAAAAAUCCAAAGUACUUUGAAAAUCCUGAGAAAUUCGAUCCGUCGAGGUUCGAAGGAAAAAGGAUUCCACCAUAUGCUUUUGUGCCGUUUGGGGCAGGGCCUCGAAUGUGCCCCGGAAGAGAGUAUGCUCGACUAGAAAUACUUGUUUUCAUACACAAUGUGGUGAAAAUAUUCAAGUGGGAGAAACAAAUUCCGAAUGAGAAGAUCGUCUACACUGCAUCUCCUACUCCAAAAAACGGUCUGCCGAUCCGCCUUUGCCCCCAUGAAAAAUGAAUUAAUCACACCGUCAAUAUUUCAAAACUUCUUCAUUCUUUCAAACUAUAUAUGUAUGUAUAUGUUCAUUGUACACUUAAUAAUUUUCAUGUAAACUAUUGAUGGCUAUGUGUGCCCUUGUUUCAUAUUUCAUGUAUAUUGAUGUUAUAUAUUCUCACCAAACUCCCAUUUCAUUACAUAGAAAUGUUUGUAAAUGCCAAUUUGUUUAUUGAUUGCAUGUUUUA